CUCAUCAACAUGGCGGCGCAAGGCGACUCUUUGACCUCACCAUCCAACAUGUCUGCCACGUCGGUGAUAUCGCCAGGAUUGCCACCAACCCGGCCCUCCACCCCAACCGCAGUCUUCAAGUCGCCUCUGGGGCCGAGGGCAAGUUCUCUGAAACCACAGCCUCGCUCUACGUGCCAUGAGGACUCGUUGCCUCUGGCUGUGUUUUAUGGGCCCUUGGACGCUAAAAACCCUCUCCUGGCCUCUUUUGAGAAGGAGAUAAAGGAGUUGCUAGGCUUUAUGAAGAGAAAGAAGGCUUUAGAGAUAACGGAGGAACAGAAGCAUGAAUUCCACCGGCGUUGUGCCACGUCUUUGUUUAAUAUCUGGAACAAAUACGCCCCCCGGCUGCCAGCUGCCUAUUACAAUGAAAAGCUUCUGAAGGUUGGAGAUAGCCUUUGUGAAAUGAAAGAAUAUAAGUUGGCCCUUUUACAGUGCUAUGGAAGAUAUCUUCAGCAGUUCAGUGUCAACUUUGAUGAGAAUCAAGCAGAUGUACAUCAGUUCAAAACUGUCUUUUUUCCAAAAGGCUUUGGAGACAAAACUGCUGUACAUACGUUUCAUGCUUUAAAUGGCAAAUAUAUUUGCAACUACGAGCUGGUCUGUGACAGAGAUGUGAACCUACAGAAUAAAGAAUCUGUGGUCCAGUGCCUGCAUAUCUUGUCCUCCUUACGACUCAUCAUGCAGGUGGCUCUGCCACAGGAGCACCUUUGUUGGAUUAUCUUCAAUGGUACCAUUUACAUCUACACAAUUUGCAGAAAGCUGAUGAUUAUAGGUCAGUCUUCCAAGGCCUUAGAAUAUCUCCUGUGGGCCAGUAUAUGUAUGGAAUCCUCAGUCCCACUGCUGUCUGUCAGGUACUUGACGUGGAGAGCUACUCUUUAUACAGCUGUCUGCCAGUGCUACUAUGACUGCCAAGCUGGGAUGCAUGGGGAGGCAUUUGCUCGGCGUGCUUUAGCUAAAAUUGAUGAGUUAAGGCAACUGGAAUUAAUGGGUUCCUCACAGUCUCAGGAAGAAUCCGGAAGAUGUUAUAGAGAGGCCACAAUAAAGAUGGCGGUGAUGAUCUUCAAACGAGGAGUGUUUGAGUCUAGAAGGAAAAGCAAAAAUUUGUUCAGACCAAAGAUAAGAGUGAAUCUAAGGGAAGUACAAACCUUGCCGUGGCCACGUACCAUCACAGAACGGUUGUUGGAUGAGAUGUUUGAUAGCACUGCAUCCCAGUUUCUGGCUGUCUUGGAAGCUCUUUCUGAUUCAAAUAGGCGAACACUACAAACUGGACCUGUUGUUACAGAUGAAGUAGAAAUUCGUGAUGUUAUCUCAGAACUGUUUAUAGCAGGAAAAGAACUUUUAAUAAGGUCAAAUACUGGUACAGAUGGAAUGUUUGGUUUUCCACAAACAUCUCUUCUGCAACUUAUUAUAAAAAGAAAGAAGGGUAUUUCUAUGGAUGCUGCUGUGAAAUUUAUAAAAUUAGCUUUUACCUAUGAGGAAUGGGGUUUAUUUGAAUCAUCAGCUGAGCAGCUUGUUGAUUUUCUCCAGAGACAGAAUGAUCCAGAGUCAAAGAAAGCAGAGAAGGAUUUAACUCUUCUUAUUGCAAUAGAACCUCUGAUCAAUGUAAAGAGGAACAAAGGUUUGAUCUUUCCUUUGGAAAACUACAGAGAAGAAAAAUUAGCUUUUCACAUUAAAAGAACUGCUUUUCAUGGGUACUGCAUUUUGGGUUGCAAAGCAGAAGGGAGCUAUGGAAAAGUAAGACUAAACAAUAAUCAUCUCCCAAGCUCAGGAGAGGCGAUACCAGCUGAUGGUAAAAGCAUUUUCGAAGUGAAAGGUUUAGAAACCAAUGAAAAAUACAUUUUUGCAGUUGCUGCUUAUUCUGCUGAUGGGAAGCUUCUUGGUGAUGCUAUUGGGGAGACAACUAAACCAAUUCUGAUUUAUCCACCUCUUUCUGCUGUUACCGCUCGGAUGUUCCUGACACAGGUGGCCUAUCAGAUUGGCAACUAUGAGUUGGCUAAGAAAGUUUUCUCACCCAUCUGGGAUUAUUUUGUUGCCUCACCACCUCACAGCGAACAAUCUGCUAUUUGUUUAAGCAACAUAAUGACUAUUACACAGAGAAGAUUACAUUCAGAUAUUUUGGCAGAGACUUCUUCAAUUCUCUUAUACCUAUUUCUUAGAAAUAUUUUUGUAACAAGUGACAUUAAAAUUAAAGAAGAAAAUCUUUUUUGUGACAAUAUUAAAGGCAAUGAAAUUUUCCCCUCUCAACAAAUUGCUAGACUAAUUGAAUGUGAAAGAGUAUUGGUGGCUUUGGAACUUAGCAACUACCUAAAUGAUUCCAGUUAUGCCCUUCAAGCUGUGACUCAGUGUUAUGGUCUCCUUGCUCCUAUGAUCUAUCACAAUAUUGUUUUGGUACCCGUUGUGCAGAUCUUGAUAAAGUGUGUUGUGGUUUUGCAAGGACUACCAAAUAUCAUCUACUCAAAGAAACAUAUUGCGAGUUUUGAAAGUGUACAACAUAUGAUAGCUUGUUGUAUCUUCUACAUAACAAAGAUUCUGCGUUCAUGGAAGGAAUACGACCUGGCAGUAAUUAUUAUAAAUUAUGGAAAAAAGAUGUUGGACAUCACAUUAGGAUGCCAGUCUCUGCUUUGUACUACUGACCAAGAGGAAAUACAAGAGGAGGGUUCUGCUAAGAAGUUUUCCAAGACUAAGAGGCUGCAGCAGAUAUUGUCACCUGAAAAAAUAAAUGAGCAGCUAGCCUUGUUGGAAACACACCUUCUCAAACUGACAAAGCAAUAUGCUACUGCUGAGCUCUCAGGAGCAGAAGACCCUAUAUUUCUUUACCCUAUAGUUUUAAAUUGGACGGUCAAAGGUGCUGUGAAAGAAGCCCACAGGAGAAAUAAGUCCCUACUUGGAAUGAAAAAACUGAAAUAUAAGGACAAUAUUUUCUUUAAAAAGGUGACUAAACCUGUGAAGAAGUUCAGAGCUGUAGUAAUGGCGAUUGGAACAAUUGAAGAAAUACAAAGAAAAAGAAAUAAACAAGCAGAAACUCUAAGAGACCUUUCUUCCAAAAAUCCAUGUAUUUCUGAAAUGAUGGAACAUGACAGAUGUAAACCAUAUGGCAGCAAUAGAGUUCUUGCUCACCGUGGUGGCUAUUGGACUCUGCUUCAGAACUGUUGUCGGGCCCUUUGGAACUUUACUCAGGAGCUACAGAUACUUCUUAAACAAGCACUGGAUCAGUAUAAAAUAUUUCCUGUCAGUCAGGAUGAAUCUCUGGAACUUUUAUAUCAAGUAGAAAAAUGGGAAACGCUAGUAUCACUUGCCAUUCAGUUCAAUACAAUUUCACAUGAGAGGUAUACAGAGCAAGUGACACCACUCCUGGUUUAUGCACAACGCCAGCUUCUUCUAAGAAUAUCCAAGUUCAAGGGCCCAGAUAUUACCCAACAACCUUGUGUAAGAUAUGAGACUGAAUAUAAAGAGAAGAUAACCUGCCGAAAUUUUAUUGGGAAGCAGCUCAAGAUUAAUCCUUCAGCCAGUAAACCGACAGAUACAGGAAUCGACAUAGAUUCCCUAGGAAAGCUUAUCUCUUCAGAAUACAGCCAAGCCAAAGAGCUCGUCUGUGUGCCCGUGGAUGUGACAGAUGCUUUGAGAUACUUUAGAGAGACCUUGGAAAAAUCCAAAUAUCAUAACAGAUCAAUCCGACACAGCAGAAAGUUGCUUUCAUUAUUUCUCGCCCAGACACAAGGAAACAAAGGAGGAAUGAACAAUUCAAAAUUUACUCCCGGGAAGGUAGAAUUUUGCCUGGGGACAGAAGAGAUGCAUAUGCCCACACCGCCUGAUCUUUCUCAGGAGCACUUCAGAGUUUUCAGUUCCGUGGAGAAAAGCAAACUACCCUCUUCACAGCUUGGACUUGUAAUUUCUUCUUAUUAUGAAACUAUUGAUGUUCUCCAAGCCAGCAAUCAAAGAAGUCUUAAAGUUCAAGCAUUGCAUGAACUUGGAAGUCUUCUUGUCUUCGCAGAAAAGAAAAGGGCUGCUUUUAAAUGUUGGUGUCAAGCUCUUGAUGACAUAUUCAGAAAACAAGAUGUGCUACAUACAUGGAAAGAGUUGGGCAGCCCGCUCACCAGUGCCACCGACAGCUGUUCACCUCCUAGUUCCAAAGACUACAGUGAGGAAUUUCUGUCAAAAGUUGGCAUUUGGGGAUGUUUGCAAGGAGCGGUCAUAUCGGCAAAGAUAGCCCAUUGUGCCUCAGUAUCUCCUGGGGAUUGGUUCCAGGGUCCUCCACAGAUACCAAAAUCCGCGGAUGCUCAAGUCCCCUGUAUAAAAUGGCAUAAUUCAAUACAUAUUGUCAGCCUGCCGCAUCCGCGGACUCCCAACGGCAGAUCGAAAACAGCGCAGGGUUUGCUUAGAACCACACUUCCGCACCCCAAAGCCGAACGUUGCUAUGCUCAGUAUGAAAUCACUCAGCUUCUCCCAGGCAUUGAGCUCUUCUCAGAUAGACACAGGGCCGACAUCUGCUCUGUAGUUGCAAGUCUGUAUUACAUUAUACGUGAACUGCACUUUGUUAAGCAAAAUAUCAUUAUAGAAGUCCUUAUAGAUUUAAGAUUCUUUUCUGAAGCCUUUCAUGAGAUGUCCCAGAUUUUUUAUGGAAAAAACAUGCCUUCCUUAAUAACUGCCGGUUCUAAAGCUGCUGGAAAAGUGAAGAUAUUUCAGUCAUUUGACUCAGGAAAACCUCUUACUCAUAAAGAAAAUAUACAGGCACUUGAUGAAUUAAUAAAUAAAGGCUUGCCUCAAACUCUGGUUACAAUUGGCCAAAAACAUCUCUUAAAUAAGUUUUCUUUUGUUAAAGCAUACUUUUUAAUAAAUGUGGCUGCAACAAUAAAUUGUGUCCCAGAAAAUCUGUUGAAAAACAUCUAUGGAUCUGUUCCUGAGAAAAGCAAAGCAAACCUCCAGAACUUGAAAGAGCUAAAUUUAAAGGAUGAUGGAGGCUCAUUUAGUCGUCUUAUAAAAGUGAAAGAUGACUUUACUCUUAGCAAAGUAAAGAUUCAUGCUGCAAUAGUAUUUUCCACACUUAAACUUCUCCGGGAUUCAAAACUUUUUAAAAAGAAGGAAGUACAACAUGAAACAGAGAGUUUCAUCUCUCCAGGAGCUUCUGUAUGUAUGAAUUUAAUGUUCAGCCUUAUAAUGCCAAAAAGUGCAGGCGACAGGGAGCUGCAGGCUGAAUUCUUGAUGCAAGCUGUAAUCAUUGGCCUGCAAGAAAAGCACUUAAAGGCAGACAUCAUAACAAACCUUCAGGCCAUAAUACAUUUGCUUGAAGGAAGAGAGUUUAUGUCUCCCCGAUCUUCUUUAACCCUGGUGAGAAGCAUGCUUUUGCUGGAUGACUUAACAAAAGCUGAGAAAUUCAAAGAAACUCCCUCUUCAAAAACAGAAAAAUUAAAUUUGUUGACUCAGUCUCACAACAUUCUUAUUGAACAGAUGUUAACUUUUGGAGAGACAAUAGAAUUUUCUUCAUCAAACACUGAUUAUGCGAGUCCAUUACAGCCUUUGAAAAAUGUCUAUCUCCCUCAUAUCAUGUUGUUGGCCAAAACAAAAAUGAGAAUUGGACUUUUUGUUUUUAGAGAUGUUUUCUAUGGCAAACAUGAAAAGGAAAGCACGUCCAGUUUUCUGAGUUUCCAGCAUGAAAUAUUUGUUCUGAAGUUCUAAAUGGUAGAAAAAGGAAAACCCAUCUUUGUAUAUCUUUUUCUCCUGUCAGGCAAAAUAGAACGUCAAAUAUUAAUGGAAGAGAAAUCUCCAAAUGCACAACUUGAGAGUUUAUUUGAAGCUAUACAACUAAGCUUGAGACAUGAUCAAAACUCAGGAUUGAUAAGGGACUCCUACCUAGAGAUGGCCCUAUUAUAUUUACAUCUGAAGAAGCCAAAGAACAAACUUUCAGUAGGACCAUCAACACCUAAGACUCCUACUAGAAGACAUAGUUCUAUCAAAGAGCCAACAGUAAAUAGGUUUGAAAUGUACAAUUCCUUGGCCUGGAUCGCAAUAAGAGCUGCUGCACAGGUCAGUGGAGCCGUGCUGGCAAUUAACCUGCUUAUCGGAAAGAAAAAUGCUAGAACUGAUAAAGUUAGUCAAGGGGCGUUACCUAACAUUCCAGAAUUUGCCACUGUGGAUCUUUUGUCUUCUUACACAGAUUAUUUGCUUGAUAACUACCAAGUUGUUUUCCAGACUGGCUAUACAUUUUUUAAUCAAAGUGAUGAUGUAUCUGACAAUACAGAUGCUAGAAAAAAGACUCAGACUAAGGUGGAUAUUACAUGGACUCUUCUGUUGCGCUACUAUAUUCACCUGCAGAGAAUUAAUAAUAUGAGCAAGCUUCUAGCAUCUCCAAAGCCAGGUUCUGGAAUUUCUUUGCCAGAUGAUACACUUCUCACGUCCCUUUUUAACUCUGGAUUGAUUUUGCGCCAAAAAGAAAUGCAUGUUUUCCUUAAAAGAUUCUUACAGCUGUAUUGUUCCUCCUGUAUUGAUGAAUUUCCAAGAGAACUAUUGCAAGGAUUAGAAAAUCCACCUUUUUCAGAAAAAGUCUUGCAUGACUCGUCAGCCAAGUUAUUUCAUGACAGUUCUCUACACUCCAUGUUAUCAUUAAAGUCCUCUGCCAGCCCACCUUCUGUAGAGCUGAUAUCUUCAGAUAGGGCAGCACAAGCUUUAAACAAAGAACUCUGCUUUCAGUGGUACAUCCCUCCCCUGGAAAGACCUCCAAAGGAAACAGAACCUAUGGAAAAUGUUUAUUGUGUAAAUAUUCCAUUGCUAUUAAAAAGAAUGUGCACUCCAGGGCUGCAACCAAUUAGAGGACAAGUCUCUGACAUCACCUGGGUGUCCAACAAUUCAAUUCAUUUCUGGCACCACUGCCCAGAGUUAGCACAGAACCCCACAGAUGAAGGGCUCCAUUCAAGACUGCCCCCACUUCAGACGCCUGCUGCAAAUAAGGAUGCACAGGCUACCUACACUUCUGCCCAGCAGGCUACAAAUUUGGGAGCUCCCAUGAUGCCCCCUCAGCAUUUAUGCUUUUCUUGUCAUCAGGUCCCAUUUGACAUCUCGCUGCCAUCUGUAUUCAAUCUUGAGAGACUUUUUGAUCUUGCUAAUGGUUGCAUCAUAUCAGGAGGAAGCCUUUUCAACUGGAUUGUGUCGAUUAUUCCCUAAACAUCCUAUACAUGUUAAUGUUUUUCUUGGUUUGAAAUAAGAACUGUCAUCUUACA